AUGGGUCGAAAAUUGAGCAUUUUCAAAUCGGAAAUGAUGUUGAAAAUUUGGAUUUUUCUUGGAGUUUUGGCGGUUUUUAGCGUGAGUUUUGGGGGUUGUAUUAGGCUGAGAAAUUUGGAAUUUUUGGCUGAAAUUCAGGUUCAAAUUCAGGCUGGAAAUCUAGAAUUUCAAGCCUAAACUCAGGCCCAACUAAAGCCCUAAAUUUUAGGCCCAAACUCAGACCCUUGAAGUUACGGACGUUGAAAAUAUCAACGGAAGAAUGCCCGAAGAAACCAUAGAGGCUUUCAAAGUCAUCUCCAGACUUUUUCUCAAAAAAUUUGAGAACAAGCGCGAACUCGCCCAAAACAUUGCCAAUUUCGCCGAAGAUCAUUUUCCCGAACUCAAAUGGUCCGUAAUCAUUUUCGAGAAUCCCGCUGGAGCCUACGAAGUUGAUGCGGAUCAAAUUUUACGGUUUUAUAUUGGCGACACCUUUUUCUUCAUUUUUGGAGUUUAA